AUGGCUGCGUUAAAGUGCAUUCGCGGACUUGUUCUAAGUCUCGUCAUCAUCACUCUGCUAGCACAGGGUACUCAAGCCGCUGUAAAAUAUAAAACUAAAUACUUCGAUCAAAUUAUUGACCACUUUGAUUGGAAAAGCAAUGCAACGUACCGACAGAGAUACUUAAUGAACGAUGAUCAUUGGGAUAAAGGUACUGGACCAAUCUUUUUUUAUACUGGUAAUGAAGGUGGCAUUGUCGGGUUCUGGCAAAACAGCGGAUUAUUGUUUGAUUUAGCACCGCAAUUUCGUGCUUUGAUUGUAUUUGGCGAGCACCGCUAUUACGGGAAAUCUCUGCCAUUUGGAAAGGAUUCCUUCAAACCAAAGAAUCUAGGAUUGUUAACAUCAGAGCAAGCCUUAGCUGACUACGCUGUCCUCUUGACUAGCCUAAAGAAAUCAUUAAAUGCUAAUAAAUGCAAAGUUGUCGCUUUCGGAGGCAGUUAUGGUGGAAUGUUAACUGCUUGGAUGAGACUGAAAUACCCUAACAUUAUUGAUGCUGGACUAGCCGCGAGCGCUCCACUUUACAUGGCAGGUGGAGUUGUUUCCCCAAACUUCUUCUUUCCAGCAGUAACCAAGGAUUACCAAGAUGCGAAUCCUAAAUGUGUUCCUAAUAUCCGAAAAGCAUUUAGCGCUGUGCUAGAAAUGGCAAAGUCCAAAAGUAAGCAAAAAGUCGCUAAAAUUUUCAAUGUCUGCAACAAGCUGAAGACCUCUGCUGAUGUUAAACAAUUAAUUGGAUGGAUUCGAAACGGUUUUGUUUCCAUGGCUAUGGGAGAUUACCCUUAUCCAGCAUCCUUUUUUGGUCCACUUCCUGCAUUUCCUGUUAAUGCUUCCUGCAAAUAUAUAGUAAAUGCUAGCCACCCUAUACAAGGAAUGGCUAAAGCUAUGAAGCUUUUUUAUGGAAGCAAAAAAUGUCAUGAUAUCUACAAACAGUACGUGCACUGUGCAGACCCAACAGGAUGCGGAACAGGUGCCUCUGCUAUACCUUGGGAUUAUCAGGCUUGCACUGAAAUCCUUCUUCCUGGUAGUACAAAUAAUAAAACUGACAUGUUUCCACCGAUACCCUUUACAUCCAAAAUAAGAAAGCAGUAUUGCCUUAAAAAGUAUGGCGUCACGCCAAGGCCUAACUGGGUUGCAACUCAAUUUUGGGCAAACCGACUAAAAGGAGCGAGCAAUAUUAUCUUCUCGAAUGGAAAUCUGGAUCCAUGGAAGAAUGGCGGCAUCUUAAAGUCCCCAUCAUCUAGCCUAGUCGCUAUCCAGAUUCCCCACGGAGCUCAUCAUCUGGAUCUCAGAGGUAAAAAUAAAAAUGACCCUGCAUCUGUUAUUAAAGCAAGGAAAAUGGAAGCUAAAUUGAUAAAGAAAUGGAUUAGCAGUUAA